AAAAUCUCACUCCGGCCUAACCCCCAGCACCGUCUCUCCCCGGAGAAGAACUUCCGGCGUCGAAUUUAUGCAGCUGUUGCGAGCACGACGAAUCGAUCUGUAGAUUAAAAAAGACAAAUGAAGAGAUAGAGGAAGAAGAUUAAAAUAAAAACAGGUGCAAAAAAUGGGGUCGGACGACGUGCCUUUGGACGACAAGGCGAAGAGAAUGAGAGAUCUGUUAUCGAGUUUCUACUCUCCAGAUCCUUCUUCGGCUUCGAUGCCUGUCAACAACACUUCCUCAAGGUUUGCCACGCUGGACACCAUUAAUACCCCUUCCUUCGACGCCGAUCAGUACAUGAAUCUUCUGAUUCAAAAGUCAAAUUUGGAGGGCUUGCUUCAGAAGCAUGUUGAAAUGGCUGCUGAGAUAAAAAAUCUCGACACUGACUUGCAAAUGUUAGUGUAUGAAAAUUACAACAAGUUUAUUAGUGCAACAGAUACAAUUAAAAGAAUGAAUAACAAUAUUGUUGGUAUGGAGGCCAACAUGGAACAGCUUCUUGACAAGAUAAUUUCUGUGCAAUCUAGAAGUGAUGGGGUCAAUACUUCUCUCUUUGAAAAGAGAGAGCAUAUUGAAAAAUUGCACCGCACUCGUAAUCUUCUCCGAAAAGUUCAGUUCAUUUAUGACCUACCGACUAGACUUGGGAAAUGUAUCAGAUCAGAAGCUUAUGCUGAUGCAGUGAGGUUCUACAUAGGAGCCAUGCCGAUAUUCAAGGCCUACGGGGAUUCAUCAUUCCAGGACUGUAAGCGAGCAUCAGAAGAAGCAGUGGGCAUUAUUACCAAAAACCUGCAGGGAAAAGUAUUCUCAGAUUCUGAAUCUAUACAAGCAAGGGCUGAGGCUGUGAUGCUUCUUAAGCAGUUGAAUUUUCCGGUGGAGAAUUUGAAAGUGAAACUGUUUGAGAAAUUAGAACAGUUUCUUGUUGACCUUCAUCUUGAAUCUAAGGAAAUUGCCCAUGUUUCAGCUACACUUGAUGGACCUAAUAAUCAUGGAAAUGUUACUGAUCCAGCUUCUUCUGCUGCCCAUGAGUCCUCUAUUCAUGAAUUUGCGGAAGCUAUUCGCGCUUAUCGAGUUAUAUUCCCUGAUUCAGAGCAGCAACUCGUACGACUUGCACAAGACUUGGUUAAUAUGCACUUUGAGGCUGUCCAUCGACAUAUUAAGAAGCAACUUCAAUCUGAAGAUCUUUUGGAAAUGCUUCGGGUUAUAUGGUCUGAUGUGCUUUUGAUGGAUGAAGUGUUACCAGAAGCUGCCAUUUCUGAUUUUUCUUUGGUGGCUGCUCGAAAUGCGGUCAAGGAAUAUGUUGCUAGUACUUUUAGUCAUCUUCUACUUGGCAUUACAGGUACCAUCAUGAAAGUCCAGGAUAGGCAAAAGGUGGGUGUAGAAGAAGAAUACCCUUUGCAGUCUGUGCUUGAAGCAAGCAAAAAAGCUGUAAUUCAAGGCUGUAUGAAUGUCUUGCUGGAUUUCCGUCAGCUUCUUGAUGAAAAACUUGAACUAUCAUUGAAGUUGAGAGACUUAACUAUUGACUGGGUACAAGAAGGAUUUCAAGAAUUCUUCAGAAAACUCAAUGAGCGAUUCCUCUUUCUUUCAGGCAAGAGUAACUCAGGUAGUCAAGAUCUAAGUUUGACACAGGGAGUGCAAGGAGAAAAGGUCCUUCCUGGGCUUGUUCUUCUGCUCGCUCAACUAUCUCUUUUCAUUGAGCAAAGUGCUAUCCCAAGAAUUACCGAGGAAAUAGCUUCUUCCUUUUCUUCUGGUGGUGCUCGGGGUUAUGAGUAUGGCCCUGCUUUCAUCCCUGCAGUGAUUUGUCGCACCUUCCGGGCAGCUGGGGAGAAGUGCUUGGACCAUUAUGUAAGAUUAAGAACUCAAAAGAUAUCAGUUCUGUUGCGAAAGAGGUUUACAACACCAAACUGGGUUAAGCACAAGGAGCCAAGAGAGGUUCAUAUGUUUGUUGAUCUGCUGCUUCAAGAGUUCGAAGCCAUAAGAGGCGAAGUAAAGCAGAUUUUACCUCCAGAACUUAGCCGUAAACAUCAUCGUACAGACAGUAACGGGAGCACCACUUCUUCUCGCAGCAAUCCUUUGAGAGAUGACAGAAUGAACCGGUCAAAUACCCAAAGGGCCAGGAGCCAGCUACUGGAAACCCAUCUAGCAAAAUUGUUUAAACAAAAAGUGGAGAUAUUUACGAAAAUUGAAUUCACACAGGAAUCAGUUGUAACUACAAUUUUAAAACUUUGCUUGAAGAGUUUGCAAGAGUUUGUUCGCCUCCAAACAUUCAAUCGGAGGGGAUUUCAGCAAAUUCAGUUGGACAUUGAAUUUCUCAGAACUACUCUUAAGGAUACUUCUGAAGACGAGGCUGCUACUGAUUUCCUACUUGAUGAGGUGGUGGUUGCUGCUGCAGAACGUUGUCUUGAUCCUGUUCCUUUGGAUCAGCCCAUCUUAGACAAACUUAUACAAGUGAAGGUGGCAAAGACUUCAGAACAGAAUCUGAAUCCAUAGCAAAGUGUACCCGGUGAUAUGAUGAAUGGUCGUGUUAUUUGUGUAAUUUCCCUUCCCUCGAGGCCUGUGAUCGCUGAUAUGAAUCCAACUGAGAGGCCAAAAUAUAUAUUUUGAUGUAUAAAGAAAAUUGCUCCUCAAAGGCUGCUGAUCUGGUUUAGAGGCUGAUUAUACCAGGCCAUCCAUAUCUGUCCUCUCAAGGUUCAUUGAGAUUUUCUCGUUCGAAUCAGGUUGCACGAGAGCACUAUUGCUCCGUCUCAUGGCCUGACAAUGGAACGCAUUUUGUACUGGUAUUUUUUUUUCUAACUUUCAGUACGCUGUCGCUGGGAAGUGCAAAAUGAAUGUUUCUGUUGUAAAACAUAUGGGUUGGUUGUGAAAUGAUGGUCCGGCUACUACGUUGUUCUGGAAGUUGCGAUUCAGAUCAGAAUACGUCAUUGCUCUUUUGAUGGCUCCGAAA